AUGACGAUCGCAGUUCUUUGUGGAUAUCCUUUGGCCGCGUUGGGUAGCGAGGAUUGGUGUGACGCGAUCCAUGGAACAUGGAAAGAGGGGGAUGAGGCGGCGGAUGAUGUGGCGGUGGCGGUUGAGUGCGAGCUGCUCAGCUCCUCCUCCGAGCCGGAGGCGGAGGAGUGGACCUGCGGAGAAAGGCCGCGCAAGCGGACAAAGGUCCGGGGCAGGGCGCGGCGCGGCAGCCACGUCGCCGUUGCGUUCUCCGUCAGCAAUGACGGGCGGGUGGGCGUGCGCUUGCGCGUGGGCCCGCCUCCGAGCCGCUCCGGGGCCGGCUCGGACGCGUGGCUGGCGAGGCGCGCCAAGGACCGGGCUCUCCUCCCUCCCGGUUGGACGGUGGAGGAGCGGCACGCGGCGGCGAGGUCAUACCGCGUCUUCUUUGGACCAAACGGAGAGUACGCGGAGUCGCUUCCGCAGGCGUGGCGCGGAGACGCCGCCCAGCAGCUCGCGCGGCCGCGCCGGCCAAGCGCAAUCAAGCCGCGGUUCAUGCGGCUGCUGGGCGCGGCGGUGGAGGCCGGUGGCGGGAGUCGUAAUGGUGAGGACGCCGCGGCGGCGACUACUCACGUUGCCGCGGCGCCGGAGGCGGUGGGCAGCGAGGCGGUGGGCAGCGAGGCGGUGAGCAGCGAAAUGGUGAGUAGCGAGGUGGAGGACGCGGACUAG